CACGAGCUGACGAGCACCAGGCCACUCCCGUGUACCCAUUCUCGUGUGCGGUUGGAGCGCAGUGCGGCGGCGGCGGCGAGAGAGAGGAGAGGAGAGGGGAGGCAGAAGCCAGGAGGCUGUUCGGCGCGCGGAGGGGGGACAAGAUGAGCGGGAAUGGCGCGAAGAAGAUGGCCGAGGUGGCGGCGAAGGCCGGCAGGGCGAUCGACUGGGACGGCAUGGCCAAGAUGCUCGUCUCCGAGGAGGCGCGCAAGGAGUUCGCUACCCUCCGCCGCACCUUCGAGGACGUCAACCACCAGCUCCAGACCAAGUUCUCCCAGGAACCUCAACAGAUUGAUUGGGAGUACUACAGAAAAGGAAUUGGACCCAAAGUGGUGGAUAUGUACAAAGAGGCUUAUGAAAGCAUCGAGAUCCCCAAGUAUGUCGAUACCGUUACUCCCCAGUACAAGCCAAAGUUUGAUGCUCUGGUUGUUGAACUGAAAGAGGCAGAGCAAGCGUCUCUGAAGGAGUCAGAGAGGAUAGAGAAGGAGAUUGCUGAACUCAAGGAAAUGAAGAAAAAGAUCAGCACAAUGACAGCAGAUGAGUACUUUGAGAAGCACCCAGAGGUCAAGCAGAAGUUUGACGAUGAAAUCCGUAACGACUACUGGGGUUAUUGAAGAGCAGAACAGAACUCCCAUUCGACCAUUUCCCUGUCUGCGAAGAACCAAUAAUUUUUCUAUGCUCCGAUAUGUAUAGGGAAAAUCCACUGUCUCAACUUUGGUGGUUUCCGUAACAUGGGGAUGGGGCUUGUUGGAAUGCCAACAGAAUCGACUGUGUCAAGCUUUCUUGAAAUUCCAACUAAACACACUUUAUUUGACCUGAUCAUUUUCUCGAGGAUUGUUGGUUUUAUCUUGCAAAGAUUAUGUAUGUCAUGUUCUUAGCUCCUUCCUACUCGAAUAAGAGGAUUUCUGCAGACUUGUUCCUCGA